AUGACAUACACACCACUCGAUCGCAAUGAAUUCAGACUCUGUUCUAUCGACGUUCCGGAUGACCCGGGAAUGUCAAUCCGGGUCAAUACAAGAAUCGCCAGUCUUGCCAUUUCUUCAAGACCGAAAUUCAAGGCGCUCUACGCUGGAAAAACGAGCGAGGGGUUUGAUCGUCGUUCGUUGAUUUUGAAUGGUUCGCGGAUAUUUGUUACGAAACAUUUGGACUCUGCACUUCGGUUAUUACACCACCACGAGCAGCAAUCAGCGUGGGUGGAAGAAAUCUGUGUGAAUCAUGAUGAUGAGGAAGAGAAGACUCAGCAAGCGACUCUGGUCGGGAAAAUUUUUGCUGCAGCCGAUGAACUGUUGGCUUGGGUAGGCGACAGUUCGCGGUGGAUCAACGGAGGGCUGAAUUUUUUGCAAGCCUGGGCCAAAGUUGAUUGCAAUUUCGACGACUUGGCUCAAGUGCAGGCUCUUAUGAAGAAGCCGGAGUUAUGGAAGAGGCAAAGUUGGCAACAGGCAGACGAUUUGUUUGAAAUGCCCUUUUGGAGACAGCGAUGGCUGGUGCAACAAUUGGUUCUAGCUCGUCAAUCUGCGAUUCUUUGUGCAAAGAGGAAGAUCCCUUUGGCUGAUUUGGAGAGAGUGGUGGAAAUGUGGAAGACUUUGGAAGAACCUCGAUUCGCCAAGAUCAUUGGGAAUAACAUUAAUGCUAUGGCUCCUGCUGUAGCAGCAUCCAGAAGAUUGCGUCUUCAUUCUAGCCUGCUAUCUCGUCGGAAAAAGCCAGGAUAUUGGCCUGGAGUAUUGAACCUGGUGGAGUUGUGUCAGGACACUCAGAUUUCAAACUAUUCUCCGGCUCAAUUGACGGCACUUUCGAGGACAGCCGAGAAACCGGACGAUAUUGCAGACGACACCAGAUGUGUGAGAAAAAUGCUCAUCGAUUUCGCCGCCGGAGCAAUCAACGACUGUGACCAUCUGAAGAUUUUGGAAAGAGCUGGUAUUGCAGACCUAGAUGCAGUGGAGAGAUUCGACCUUCCGUCUUGGGUCCCAACCUGGGAGAAAGAGGCAUCCUCACCCUUGCGAAGGUUGUAUGAUGCCUCUGGACAUUCCAAAGCCGUAUGUAAUUUCGGGGAAGACGAAGUUCUCGGAGAGCAAAAUGUCCUUCGCUUCUUCGCGACUGGAGUUAAGUGCGGCACAGUGCUGGAAGUCGACUCGGCAGAAACUAUGGCCGAAAACCCAUUCCGCAUGCUUGGGGGCGAAUAUAGAAAGUAUCGACUGAACCAGAAGUACCCAACUGGUAUGCCUGGACUACAGGCGAUCUUCAGAACCAUGAUUUUAGACCAGAUUCCAAAAGUUGAGAGGAGAUUAACUCCAGCAAGAAAGGAGUUCUUCGACCUGGCUGCUGGCUUUUUGUUUAUGCUGCAAUACAUGGACAAGAAAAGUCCAGAAGAUUUGCUGAAAACUGUGCUGGACCAAGACUUAUCCGCAGGAAACAAAGAUGACAGCAUUCCGGAUUACGCAAAAUCAUUCAUGAAAUACAGCAGGAAAACAGCAGAGAAUGGCAAGGUUGUUCUUUCAGAAAUCCUUGAACCGUUCCUAGGGUCAUCAUCCUCACCAACCAAAAUCGAGUGGCCAGAGGAACACGACAAUGAACGAGGAUUUGCAUACACAAUGCCCUUUCUCGCUGAGGCAGCGCGUUGUCUGAAGGGCCGAACAAUGUUUGCACUCAACAAGGGCUACUUUGGUGUGGGCCCUCUAGGUACUCAACCAGGAGAUACAGUUUGUGUACUCUGGGGUUGUGAUGUACCUGUUGUGAUUAGAAGGCUCGAGGACCACUACGUACUUGUCGGGCCUUGCUUCGUCCUCGGAUUUAUGGACGGCGAAAUGAGGAAGAUGGUUGACCAAGGGCUGAAAAAGGAGAAGAUAUUCAAUUUCAGAUGA